AUGGAAUCGGACGAAGUGACGCUGAGGGAGCAACUUUUCCACAACCGCGUCCGUGAAACCAUUAUCUGUGUCCUCCUGUUUACCUGCCUGUACAUUCUCUCCUACCUCAUCCUCACCCAUUUCAAGAAGGCAGCGGAGUUCAUCACCGAUGAUGCUGAAGAUGCCACUGUCAACAAGAUUGCGCUGUGGUUGUGCACAUUCACACUGUCUGUGGCUGUGUGCGCUGUGCUCCUGCUCCCCAUCUCCAUCCUGUCCAACGAAGUGCUGCUUGCUUUCCCACACAGCUACUACAUGCAGUGGCUCAAUGGCUCACUCAUCCGUGGCCUGUGGAACCUAGUCUUUCUUUUCUCAAAUUUGUCACUGGUCUUUCUUAUGCCCUUUGCCUACUUCUUUAUUGAGUCUGAGGGAUUUGCAGGCUCAAAAAAGGGUGUUAUGGCACGGGUGUACGAGGCAGUGGUCCUCCUGUUGUUGCUGGCUCUGCUCGUCAUGGGCAUUUUCUGGGUGGCAUCUGCCUUGCUUCAUGACAAUAUUGCCAGAAAGAGCCUCUACGACUUGUGGGAUUACUAUCUGCCAUACCUUUAUUCGGGCAUCUCACUGUGUGGCGUCUUACUACUUCUGUUGUGUACCCCAUUUGGACUUUCUCGUAUGUUCAGCGUAACUGGAAGUCUGUUGGUCAAGCCAAGACUUUUAGAAGACAUAGAAGAUACUUUGGACUGCACUACAUUUGAAGAGGCGACUCUGUCUAGACAAAUUAAGUAUGGAAGAACAUCAUGCUGGGUGAAGCUGGACAUGGAGACAGUGAAAAGGGAAUACCAAACAGUCCAGAAUAAGCGCAUUGCUCUAGAAAAGCGUCGGAAAGCAUCACCUUGGCAACGAAAUUUGGGCUAUCCACUUGCAAUGCUUGCUCUGUUAGGAAUGACGGUCAUGUGUGUGCUCAUGGUUUGUUUCAAUGUGCUGGAGUUGCUGUUUGAUGAGAAGGCUAUGCCAAGAGGAAUGGAUGAUCCUCAUCUUGGGAGGGCCUCAUUUUCCAUGUUUGGUUCACUGGGUGCUGCUGUUCAAGUUGUCCUCAUACUCUAUCUCAUGGUGUCAUCAGUAGUGGGCUUCUACUGCUCUCCACUCUUCACAAGCCUGCUUCCACGAGCUCAGGACACCAACCUCACCCAGAUGAUUGGAAACUGCGUGUCGCUACUCAUCUUAAGCUCAGCACUGCCCGUCUUCUCACGGACUCUUGGAAUCACCCGCUUUGAUCUACUUGGAGAUUUUGGUCGCUAUAACUGGCUUGGGAACUUUUACAUUGUGUUUCUGUACAACAUGAUGUUUGCUGGGCUCACAUCUGCCUCACUGAUAAAGACAGUCACCUGGGCCGUACAGAGAGAACUCAUUCGUGCCUUUGGUCUCCACAAACUGCCUUUAACUGUGUCUCGCUCAGCAGUGCCAUUCAGACUCCUCCUAGCAAAAACAUUUGGCCACAUCAGCAAUAAAGCCAACACUUCAAACCUGGACCUUACAUCAUCAAGGAAAAUGAGACGUGAGCCUGUGCCACACAUUGUGUCGCCCUUGGCCCUGGGGCCUCUGUGA